AUGGACGAGGUCACUCUUUGCCUAGCGCUUAAAGCAUGCCGCGGAGACCCGAAACGCGGCUGCCAAAUCCACGGCUUUUCGAUAACGUCUGGCUUCACUUCCUUCGUCUGCGUUUCAAACGCUGUAAUGGGUAUGUACCGCAACGCCGGUCGAUUCGGCAAUGCCUUGCGCUUAUUUGAGAAUCUAACUGAACCUGAUGUUGUUUCUUGGAACACUAUACUCUCUGGAUUCGAUGACAGUCAAGUUGCUCUGAGUUUCGUUGCUAGGAUGAAAUCCGCCAGAGUUGUUUUCGACAAAUUCACUUACUCCACCGCUCUUUCCUUCUGUGUUGGCUCUAAAGGAUUCGUUUUGGCAUUGCAGUUGCAGUCUCCUGCUGUGAAAUCCGGACUUGACUCUGAUGUUGUCGUUGGGAAUUCGUUUAUAACAAUGUAUUCGCGAGCUGGAAGUUUCGGAGAUGCUAAGAGAGUGUUCGAUGAAAUGCCGGUGAAGGAUAUGAUUUCGUGGAACUCUCUAUUGUCAGGACUUUCUCAAGGAGGCGACUUCGGGUUUGAAGCUGUGGCUGUGUUUAAGGAGAUGAUGCGAGAAGGUGUGGAGGUUGAUCAUGUGUCUUUCACCAGCGUGAUUACAACUUGUUGUCACGAACCUGACCUGAAACUGGCUAAGCAAAUCCAUGGUUUGUGUGUAAAAAGAGGUUAUGAAACACUUGUGGAAGUUGGUAACGUUUUGAUCUCAAGUUACUGGAAGUGUGGGGUUUCAGAAGCUGUGAAAUCAGUGUUUUACCGAAUGAGUGAGCGCAAUGUAGUCUCUUGGACGACGAUGAUUUCAGCUAACAAAGAUGAUGCUGUGUCCAUCUUUCAUGAGAUGAGGUUAGAUGGAGUUUUCCCUAACGAGGUCACGUUUGUUGGAUUGAUCAACGCUGUGAAGUGCAAUGGGGAAAUCAGAGAAGGGCUUAAAGUUCACGGGAUAUGCAUCAAGACUGGUUUUGUCUCGAAACUGUCUAUCGGCAACAGUUUCAUCACAAUGUAUGCCAAGUUUGAGGCUCUGGAAGAUGCCAAGAAGGCUUUUGAUGAGAUACAUUUCCGGGAGGUUAUUUCCUGGAAUGCUAUGAUAUCUGGAUUUGCGCAAAACGGAUUCUCACACGAAGCUCUCAAGAUGUUCUUAUCAGCAGCAGCAGAGACAACGCCAAAUGAGUACACUUUCGGAAGCGUCUUGAACGCAAUAGCUUCUGCAGAGGAUAUAUCUCUAAAGCAAGGUCAGCGUUGCCAUGCUCGUAUACUGAAAUCUGGUUUGUGUAGCUGCCGUGUUGUUUCAAGCGCGCUUCUUGAUAUGUACGCCAAGCGUGGGAGCAUCAAUGAGUCCGAGAAAGUCUUUGACGAGAUGCCUGAGAGGAACCAGUUUGUAUGGACAUCGAUCAUAUCGGCCUAUUCAAACCAUGGGGAUUUUGAAUCCGUGAUGAGCUUUUUCCAAGAGAUGGUUAAGGAGAACGUAGCACCAGACCUGGUCACGUUUCUCUCAGUGUUAACAGCUUGUAAUAGAGAAGGUAUGGUGGAGAAAGGCUAUGAGAUUUUCGACUCGAUGACCAGAGACUACAAGCUCGAGCCGUCUCAUGAGCAUUACUCGUGUAUGGUGGAUAUGCUUGGCCGAGCUGGGAGGUUGGAAGAAGCAGAGGAGCUUAUGAGUGAGGUUCCUGGAGGACCAGGAGAGUCGAUGUUGCAGAGCAUGCUCGGGUCUUGUAGGCUGCACGGGAAUGUGGAAAUGGGAGCGAGAGUGGCAGAGCUUGCGAUGGAGAUGAAGCCGGAGUUGUCGAGCUCUUACGUUCAGAUGUAUAACAUCUAUGCAGAGAACGGAGAGUGGGAGAAAGCUGCAGAAAUGAGGAGGAAGAUGAGGAAGAAAGAUGUGAGGAAAGAAGUUGGAUUCAGUUGGAUUGAUGUUGUUGACACUGAAGGUUCUUUAACGAUGCAAGGUUUCUCUACUGGGGACAAGUCUCACCCGAAAUCUGAUGAGAUUUAUAGAAUGGUGGACAUUAUCGGAUUGGAGAUGAAGUUGGAGAGAGAGGUUGCAGUUUAG